AUGGAGCAGGAGCUCCUCCAGCUGCUCACAGCGACCCAGUCCCCAGCUGCCGUUACUCGCAAGUCCGCAGAGCUGCAGCUGCUGCACUCGUAUUCCAACGAAGCCUUUCCCCUGUCUCUUGUUGCCAUUGCCUCCCACGAGUCAGUCGAUGCCGCACUCCGCCAGUCUGCCCUGACCGUGCUGCGUACUUUCGUGGUCGCCUCGUGGUCGCCCCUCCUCGACGAAUUCAAAGGCCAGGUAUUGGUCAACGACGCGAACAAGGCAACCUUGCGUAAUGCCCUCCUGAAUCUUGCAACCACCACUGAGACGAAUCGCAAAGUCAAGGCUCUCGCUAGUUAUGUGGUCAGCAAAAUUGCCGCCGCCGACUUCCCCGAGGAGUGGCCUGAGCUUCUUCCGUCCUUACUCCAUAUCAUCAGCGAUCCCACCUGCAGCGAUGGCGCUCUGCAUGGCGCAUUGAAGGUAUUGAUGGAUCUGGUAGAUACCGGCUUUAGUGAAGAACAGUUCUUCAACAUUGCUCGGGACUUGGUUUCCACGCUGUUCGCAGUGGCCACCAAUGAGUCGCGGAAAACGAUUCUACGAGCCUUGGCCAUCUCGGUGUUCCGUUCAUGUUUCGACACCUUGGAAAUGGUUCUAGAACAGCACAAGGCUGCAGUAAAGCAGUUCAUGGAUGAGGCCCUGACUGGAUGGUCGCCCUUCUUUUUGUCGGUCAUGAAAUUGCCUCUGCCCCAACGUCCAACAGAGGAGGAAGAGUCAAAGGAGAGUGAAAUUCCAUCCCAAUGGAGAGGACUCAUUGCUUUGAAACUGCAGGCAGUCAAGACCGUAAUGAAAAUCCGCAUGGUAUUCCCUACGCUUUUGACGAAUCAGAGCCCACAACUGUUUACAACGCUUUGGGAGGAAUUGUCAAAUUGCAAGGGGCAUUACUUUGAAAUGUACGUGGAAGACGAGCGACAAGGGAGAUUGGAAGAUGCCGAUGGUCUGCCCUACACUCUCGAUUUCCUCGUCUUGGAGGAGAUUGACCUUAUGCAAGCCUUGAUCAAAGCUCCCCCUGUAAAGGCUGAGCUACAAGCACAACUACAAAACGCGAAUCAAGCGGCAAUCACGUCUGGGUGGCUCCCGGAGGUCAUCAAACUCGCAGCUACCUACGCUGAAAUCACCACGGAAGAGGAAGGUAUUUGGGAGAUCGAUGUCAACCUUUUCUUGUCGGAAGAAACCUCAGUGACGGCCAACUACACUCCUAGAACGUGUGGAGGCGAUUUUGUGAUUAAAUUAGGAGAAUGGUUGAAAGUGAUGGUUGUCCAGGCAUUGGUAGUUUACACCACUAAUCUCUUUGCCGAUGCUUCCUCGACGUGGAAAUCUCGGGAAGCUGCGUUGUUCGUUGUUAACCAGCUGCUUCGAGAUUUCAAUGAAGUUGAGCAGCAGAUACCUGUGGAUGUGGCCUCUGGCUUGACAAGUAGCAUACAAUUUGCUCUUCAGAAUGAGCAAGACCUCUUACGUGCGCGAGGCUAUCUAACAGCAGGUGUCCUUGCUCAAACAGCCGGAACUGGUUUUCACCAGAUCGCAGCUGGCUACUUAGAUGCGACCAUGAAAGCUAUUGCGCAGGAUUCCUCUGAAAUCGUUCAAGUUGCCUGCAUUCGAGUCCUUCAAGACCUGUUACCAGCCCUUCCAUCAUCAACUACACAGCCCAUGCAAAUAGCUAUUAUCAGCUCGAUAUCUGAGUUCAUAUCUUCUCAUGAUCUAAGAGAAGGCUCCGAUAAUGACGACCUCAAAGUCACUUUGGCCGAAACGCUUCGUGAUACUAUUAUGAUCGAGCCGAAAGUCGUCCUAGAUUCGCCGGCGCUUGACGUCCUCUUCAACGUGGCAAGUAAUGGGGCGGGUAACUUCCACCUUGUCAUGAUCGUUACCGAGACAUUUGAGGAUAUUGUGCAAUACAUCUCACAGCAAGGUCCAGAUGCUUACAUUCGGUUGUGCGAGAAAGUACUCCCAUCAUUGACCGGUGCUAUUGAUGUUGGUAAUAUGACGGAAGAAAGCGAUCUCACCGUUCUGGCUGCAGACCUCCUCCGAGCAUUAGCUGAUUACGGCUCGGAACCUCUGCCUCAUGGAUUUGUUGCUAGCGUUAUGCCAAAAUUGAACCGGCUCUUACUGGAAUCCUUUGAUAGCGAACUUAUCCGCCCCGCCACGUUAGCAGUCCGUCAUAUUUUGGCUCAUGAUUUCAACCAGUUCCUUACUUGGCGCGAGCCAGAGCAUGGGAAGGAGGCCGUCGAAACGGUGUUGGUGAUCAUUGAUCGGCUACUAAGCCCGACUAUUGAUGACACGGCCGCGGCAGAAGUGGGCCAACUGGCGGCUGAGUUGGUCGAGAAGGCAGGAUCUGAGAAGCUUGGCCCCUAUCUACCGCAGCUGCUUCAAGCCGUGGCCCAACGUUUAGCUACAGCACAGCAAGCACAGUUUAUCCAGAGUCUGAUUCUCGUCUUUGCUCGGUUGACCCUCAUCAGUGCUCGCGAGGUCAUUGACUUCCUUGCUCAGGUUGACCUUGGUGGUCAGAGUGGAUUAAACGUGGUGUUGAGCAAGUGGUUAGAGAACUCAGUCAACUUUGCCGGGUAUGACGAAAUCAAACAGAACAUAAUUGCUCUAUGUACGCUGUAUAAUUUGGAAGAUCCUCGUGUGGCACAGGUGCAGGUCAAGGGAGACCUCAUUAUUCAAGAAACCGGGCGUAUCAAAACACGAUCUCAGGCACGCCGAAACCCUGACCAGUUUACCAGUGUUUCCGCCAAUCUGAAAAUCAUCAAGGUUCUCGUGGAAGAACUUGCUGGAGCUUCUGGCAACAAAGAGAUUGACGCUGCAACAGCUGCAGCGCUUGAAGAAGCCGAUAGUGACGAUGAUGAGUGGGAAGACCUGCCUAGCAAUACAUUAGAUCUCGGACUGGGCGUAACAAAGCAGGAGCUCAUGUCGUUUGGCGAAGGUGGCACUGAAGGCUCGUUUGCCAUUCGCAAGCGCGAUGAUGACACGCAGGCUUUUUUGCUACAGUUUUUCCAGGAAGUAUCUGCCAAGCCUGGGUUCCAGGAACUUUUUGCAGCACUUACGCCCGGCGAGCAGGAUAAGCUGAGAAGCUUGGGUUAG